UUACUAGAACCAUUAUGCAAUAGAUAGCUCGAUACAAAAUAGACGCGACUGCGUUCGAAAUUGCGCAGUCAUGCUCUCGUGAGAUUUUUGGAAGUUUGUGGAUUGGCUAGGGGGAUUUUGAGUUGAUCUAAUUAAUUAGCUUUUUCAGAGGUCUAUAUCCAAGGCUGAACUCAACGACCAUGCUGCUGUCACGAGUCACGAUGCUGGUGGCGCCAUCCAGUCUGGCGCGCUCUGCUGCUCGGCUGCAGGUGGGCGCGCCGGCGCGCCGACUGCUCUCCAAUCAGGCGCGGACGGCCGAGACGCGGCGCGCCGCGCGCCGCGCCACGCUCGGACAGCGCGUCAUGGCGCCGGCCGGAGAGGGAGCAUUCACCGCCGGCCGGGGCCUGGUGGCCGGCGCCUCGGUGGUCGGUAUCGGAGCUCUCUGCUAUUACGGGGCUGGCCUCUCCAGCGAGAUGGGCGCCAUCGACCAGGCCGUCCUGUGGCCGCAGUACGUCCGUGAUCGUGUCAAGGCCACCUACAUGUACUUCGGCGCCAGUGUGGGUGUGACGGCGGCCUCAGCCGUGGCCAUCUUCCGUUCGCCGGCCAUGAUGAGACUGGUCACCAAAAAUAGCUGGCUGGCCAUCGGCGCCUCGUUCGCGGCUAUGAUCGGCUCGGGAAUGCUGGUCCGCUCCAUCCCGUACCAGGAGGGUUUCGGCACCAAGCAGAUGGCCUGGCUGCUGCACUGCGGCGUGAUUGGCGCAGUGGUGGCGCCGCUGGCCAUGCUUGGAGGUCCCCUGCUGAUGAGGGCUGCCUGGUACACCGCCGGCGUGGUGGGCGGCCUCUCCACAGUGGCGGUUUGUGCUCCCAGUGAGAAGUUUCUCAACAUGGGCGGCCCGCUGGCCAUCGGUUUUGGCGUGGUGUUCUGCGCUUCGAUCGGCAGCAUGUUCCUGCCGCCCACCACGGCCCUGGGUGCCGGAGUGUACUCGCUGGCAAUGUACGGUGGACUGGUACUCUUCAGUAUGAUGCUGCUGUACGAUACACAGAGGAUCAUUAAGAAGGCUGAGCACUAUCCCAUGAUCGCCCAGAAGCCGUUCGACCCCAUCAACGCUUCGGUGUCGAUCUACCUGGACACGAUCAACAUCUUCAUGCGGAUUGCCAUGAUCCUCGCCGGCGGCGGUGGCCGGCGGAAGUGAGCCACGUGACUGAAAACUGAGCCGUGAUUGGUGUGUGCUGGCCAAUGGUGGACCGUGAUUGGCUGUGGCACGCGAGAGGCGGGGCCAAGCCCGACGCUGGCUGCUCUCAUUGGGCUGUCGGUGGCCGCCCGUGAUCUGAUUGGUGGAAUCAAGGAUAUUCUACGCUCGUGAUUGGUCGAGGACGAAUUCAUGUUACCUGCCGAGCGAAGAUACAAGCGAACGAACGUUUGCGAUGUUUUCUCAGUCCUUCGUGGCCCAGGGGCCAGGAGAGUUAAAUUGUCUGUUGGUUGCUAUGUAGCAGGUAUCAUAGCCUAGUCUCUCCCAGUGAAGAAUUUGGCGCUUUAUUCAUUUGGCGUAUUGGAUUGUUCUGCUUGGCCACAGAACUGUAAGAUAUUGCCAUUUUUAAGUCUAACAGCUUAUCUUAGGCAGGAAGAUGCAGAGGUUGAUCGAUCGAUGUCUGCAAAGCCAAAGGCCUAAGCUAAAGCUAUGCGAUCGAUGAGGAGCUAGUAAUUAGUGUACUUGCUUUGUGUUACGGGGCUUCGAGUCAAUUCGGCACACCAAGCUUCGUGUGCAUCCCAGUGCAGUAUGUGUAUGAAGUGUUAUGUUUGUGCUCUCGAGGAUUUCCGAAAUAAAUUACCCAAAAUCCGA